UAACAAAUGUCAUUGUGACUCUCUCCAAUUUUACCUCCCUUCCAACUGCCUGUUAUCUGCCUCAUUUGUCUUUUUUUUUUUUUUAGACAAUCCUAGUCGUUUUUUUUUUCUUACAUUUUGGCAAUGCUUCAACCAGGUGUUCUCACUCUUUCUCUCUCUCUUCCUCCGUCUUUCUCAGGCCCAGAUUUUAUUAUUUUUGUUGGUAAAACUAAGAUCUGAUUUCUUUGUAUAAAACUCAGGCACCUAUAGUCCUAAAGGGAGGGUAUAUUUUUCUUUUGAAUGGAAGUUGCACCGUGGCUUUUACUUCUGUCAUUUCCUGUCUCCUCCAAAAGACAGGAGUUUGCAUGUAAGGGAUUUAGAGGUGGGGAAGGGAGAAAAUAAAAGGGCCAUCAGAGCUUCUCAUCUUUGUCCAGGAUAAAGCUGAUUAUGCCCUAUACACACUGGCUAUUUUUGUUUGUUGCUUUCUCUUACUCAAGCAUGGCAAGUGGAGAGGACUGUGUGAACUCUGCUCUUGACAGCAGCUCAGGUUCUGACACCAUCUGCCAGUUAAUUCACUUGCCAGGGAAGAGUCUGACGUAGGAAAGCAAUCUCCAGGUCAGGCCUCCAGCAUCUGGCUCCUGUGCACUCCCUCAACAUCGCAAUCGCCAAUGGGCCAGGGAAGGAGCCAAGAACAACACUAGAAUGGAGUGAGAAUGCAGUGAAUGGAGAACAUCUGUGGCUGGAGACCAGUGUCUCUGGGGACCUGUGUUACCUAGGGGAGGACAGUUGCCAAGUCAAAUUUGCAAAAUCAGCUCUCCGACGGAAGUGUGCUGCCUGCAAGAUUGUGGUCCAUAAUGCGUGCAUGGAACAGUUAGAGAAGAUUAAUUUCCGGUGCAAACCAACUUUCCGAGAGGGGGGCUCCAGAUCUCCAAGAGAAAACUUUGUCCGACAUCACUGGGUGCACAGGCGAAGGCAGGAAGGAAAGUGUAAGCAGUGUGGAAAGGGAUUUCAGCAAAAAUUCUCCUUCCACAGUAAAGAGAUUGUGGCCAUCAGUUGUUCCUGGUGCAAGCAGGCGUUUCACAACAAAGUCACCUGCUUCAUGUUACAUCACAUCGAGGAGCCGUGUUCCCUGGGGGCUCAUGCUGCUGUCAUUGUGCCUCCCACUUGGAUCAUUAAGGUGAAGAAAGCUCAGGUGGUCUCCAUACCAGGAGACGAGCCUGAUUGGGAAGGAGACUGGAGCCCUGGAGGGAAAACGGGCGUCUCCUACCCCUAUUGGGAGGGUUGGCAGAACUCAUUAAAAACUUCAACCCGGCGGAAGAAGAGAACAUCCUUUAAAAGAAAAGCCAGCAAAAGAAGCAAUGAGGAAAACAAGGGCCGACCAUUUGUGAUAAAGCCCAUCUCUUCGCUUCUCAUGAAACCACUGCUGGUGUUUGUCAAUCCAAAAAGUGGAGGGAAUCAGGGCACUAAGGUUCUCCAGAUGUUCAUGUGGUACUUGAAUCCACGCCAAGUCUUCGAUCUCUCUCAGGAAGGGCCAAGAGAUGCACUCGAACUGUAUAGAAAAGUGCCAAACCUGCGAAUCCUGGCCUGCGGUGGGGAUGGAACGGUGGGCUGGAUCCUCUCCAUCCUGGAUGAGCUACAGCUCAGCCCCCAGCCUCCUGUUGCCAUCCUUCCCCUUGGCACUGGAAAUGACCUUGCUCGCACCCUCAACUGGGGAGGGGGUUACACCGAUGAGCCUGUCUCGAAGAUCCUCUGUCAUGUAGAAGAUGGGACUAUUGUCCAGCUGGACCGCUGGAACCUCCAGGUGGAACGAAACCCCGAUUUGCCGCAGGAAGAAAUCGAGGACGGGGCACGUAAGCUUCCACUCAGUGUCUUCAAUAAUUACUUCAGCCUUGGAUUUGAUGCACAUGUCACGCUGGAAUUCCAUGAAUCCCGAGAAGCAAAUCCAGAGAAAUUCAACAGUCGCUUUCGAAAUAAAAUGUUUUAUGCUGGGGCAGCCUUUUCAGACUUCCUGCAGAGGAGUUCCAGAGAUUUAUCCAAACAUGUUAAAGUUGUGUGUGAUGGAACAGACCUGACCCCAAAGAUUCAGGAGCUGAAGUUCCAAUGUAUAGUAUUUUUAAAUAUACCCAGGUAUUGUGCUGGCACAAUGCCCUGGGGUACCCCCGGCGACCACAGAGACUUUGAACCUCAGCGCCAUGAUGAUGGUUACAUUGAGGUCAUUGGGUUCACUAUGGCCUCUCUGGCUGCUCUUCAGGUGGGAGGUCAUGGAGAAAGGUUGCAUCAGUGCCGGGAAGUGACUCUGUUAACAUACAAGUCUAUCCCCAUGCAAGUGGAUGGGGAGCCAUGUCGACUUGCUCCGUCUCUCAUUCGGAUCUCUCUAAGGAACCAGGCCAAUAUGGUGCAGAAGAGCAAGAGGAGAACAUCCAUGCCUUUACUCAAUGAUCCCCACUCCAUCCCAGACCGCCUGCGGAUCCGAGUGAACAGGAUUAGUUUACAAGAUUACGAGGGGCUGCAUUAUGACAAGGAAAAACUGCGUGAAGCCUCCAUCCCUCUGGGAAUUAUAGUUAUACGAGGAGAUUGUGACUUGGAGGCCUGUCGUAUGUACAUUGACCGACUACAAGAGGACCUGCAGUCGGUAACUUCUUCUACGCAGAGAGUUCACUACCAGGAUCAGGAAGGUUCCUUCCCACGAGUACUUUCUGUUCAGAGGCUCUCUCCUAGAUGGUGCUUCCUAGAUGCAACUUCUGCUGAUCGUUUUUACCGCAUUGACAGAUCUCAGGAACAUUUGCACUUUGUGACGGAAAUUUCGCAGGACGAGAUUUUUAUCCUGGACCCAGAGCUGGUGAUAUCACAGCAGAUGGGGACGCCGCCGGGAAUGCCUGAUCUGGUAGUGGAGCAGGCCUCUGGAAUAUCGGAUCGGUGGAACCCUGCAGUCCGAAAGCGGAUGCUGAGCGACAGUGGCCUUGGCAAGAUUUCCCCGCACUACGAGGUACCUGAAAAACAAAAGGACGCCAGCCAGACACACAUGCUGCAGCCACCCGUCUCUUCAGAAGAUCAAGCACUUUUACAAGCAGUAGUAGACGGUGAUCUUCUGAAGUUCAUAGAAUGCUGUAAGAGAGGAGCUAAUCUGUUAAUCCAGGGACCUGACCACUGUUCCUUGCUUCACCAUGCUACCAAGACUGGGCACCUUGAAAUUGUGAAAUACAUCUUAGAACAUGGUCCAUCUGAGUUACUGGAUAUGACAGACAGUGAAACGGGUGAGACAGCAUUGCACAAGGCGGCCUGCCAGCACCAUCGUGGCAUCUGCCAGCUCUUGGUGGAUGCGGGAGCGUCUCUAAGAAAUACAGAUUCCAAGGGUCAGACACCUAGAGACAAGGCUCAGCAAGCUGGGGACUCAGAUCUGGCCUCCUACCUGGAGAGUCGUCAGAACUAUCAGAUGGUUUCCCACGAGGACCUGGAGACUGCAGUUUGAUGUCCAUGAAGGGGAAGAGAACCCUAGGAAGUAACAAGGCUGCAGCUGAGACACUCAGGCAUUGUAUGAGGAAGAAGCUGAUGGAAUCAACGUGUCUCCAGCUCUCAUGCAAAAUAUCUGAGGACAUGCCACCAGUUUCUAAGGGCUAAUGAAUCUUGCCACGGAACUGUUGUGUUCCCAUGUGGUGGCCCAUUGGGGAUAAGGUGAAACACUCAAAGGUCUAUGGAAUCCAUGGGCCACGGAAAUUUACCCUUACUGCUUCCAGCAAGUAGCAUGAACUUCUCCCAUGUUCAGCUGUACAAUUUAUUUAAAAAAAAAGAAAGAAAGGGAGGAAAAAAACCAAACUAACUUGGACAUUAAUAAACCCAACGAACCCCUUCCUCCAUUUCUACAGUGCCCUACAUUCCUUCCUCUCCCAUCCUACUCAUUUGUCACCAAUUAAAUAAUACCUGUUAUCUCUGUAUUAAUUCUUCACAAAUGGACAGGUGAUAGGCAAGACUUUGAGGAGCUCUGGAUGCCCUUAGAAAAAAAUGACUUUUGAACCUGCUGAGUCCUCACCUACUGUUCUCUCAGAAGUUGACUUCUCAGUGUUUAAUUGCCAGGGAGUUUUUUUCUCUUUUGGAACAAAUUCUUUCUACUGCCCUUUUCUGUGGGGUGCUGGAUCGAGCUAGCUUUACAGCACUGACAAGAGCUAGCCUUCUAUCAGUCUCUGAAUAUAUCUUAAAGGUGUCCUGAUGAAAUGAUACUUAAGUGGAAGGGAGUUGCUGUGUGACAUUUUGUGUUGUCUUCUGACAGACCACACAGUAACCAAUAAGAUGUCUCAUGUUGCCACUCUGCUGAUAAUGAUAGACUGAUUCUGCUCAGGUCUGAAUCCUGCCUAUAAUUAGCCAUCUGGGGCUUCUGUCAAGUUGUGUUUUUAAGAUAGGGAGAGUUCAGAGUAUGAUGGAUGCAGUUGUGGUUGACUGACUGACUUGUGCUGCCACUUUGACUUACUGACUCUUACAGUCCUAGGAAACCAAAUGGAAAGCAUCAGCUGUCUGUCGAAGCUUGCUGAUAUUAACAAGAGGAUGAGCACCACAUUAGACAUUUUUAAAAUAAUAAAAUUACAAUGAAAACAGAUGGGCAGAUUCCAAGAGAGAUUUGGAACAAAGCUUUAACAGAGAGAGAUUAUCCUAGUCAAAAGAAGACAAAUGUCAACCAUUAGCCUCUCAUUGCUCACCAUAGGGUUAAAAACAUGUAUUGCUUUGCUGUUGACAGGCAAGUCAUGGUUUCUUUAUUCUGCUCCUUACUUUCCUGACCCAAAGAAUACAGCCAUCAAACAGAGGAAUCCUCCACACCCCAAACAUACUCUCAUAUAUACACAGAAAACCUUAACAUGAACACUCUAUCACUUAUGGAAUUCAGCUGUCAGCAUUAAGGGGGCUUGCCCUUUUCCUUAGUCUGACCACCCCCAUGAGAAUUGUCAAGGCUCAAUCCUGGCAUAAUAAUUCCAACACCGUUUGUAAUUGAAGAUCCAGUUCUCUCUCUCUCUCUUUUCACAUGCAUUUGCAAGGUGUAGGUUUUUGAUGGUUGGUGCUAAACAGGAUCUAUGUACAGUUUUGAACCCAGGAAAACCCAUCAGGUCAUUUUCUUCCUUUAAUAGUAGUUGUGGGGAUGAAAUUGAUGUGAUUCUGGUGAAUUUUUCUCUCCAAUUUUUUUUUUAAACAAGUGAUUCUUUUGGCAGAGGAGGGGGAGCUGAAUAAUAAGCUUUUUCAUUUACCUUGUUUUCAAAGCUCUAUUCAAUGUGAGCAAAAUAUUGUUCAGUAUUUCUUCCGCUGAAAGAAGAUUAUAUUUGUAAUCUACAGAUCAAUGGCGACAUGAAAUGUAUUUUGUCUUAUUUUCUCUCUUCACUUUAUCUUUCUAAUUUAAAAACAAAAGGUUAAGGCUAAGUUCUUCCCUUGGAUACUCAUUCAGGGGUUUCCAUGGAGGGCCAGUGUAUACAUACAAGGACAGAAAGCAGAGUAAAAUUUCUCUUUGUGUGGAAACUUCCAUACAAAGAACCCUCCCCUUGUGGUGUCACUGCAGUCCUGGCAUUAUUUCCCAGCGGUGAGGAAAGACAUGCAGCUUUUUAGCUUUUGGUUGUGCAUUCUAUAUGUGAGAAAUGGAGGAAGUGGGACUGGUACCUUGGGCUAAAUUCUGACCUGUGCCAAGAUACACUUGGGGCAUGGGAUCAGGAUGGUUGGUGAGCCAGUUACAGUUCCCUGAUUCUCAAGCUUCCCUGGCCCAGGACCAGACAUCAGUUAGAGCAGUUUAAUGACUGCUCUAACUUAUGACAGCUCAUUGUGGUCCUUAGGGAACCAUACAGUUGCUGUGAAUUACUGUAGCAGAGUUGAGCUCCACCCCUCCUGAUCACCGAUUUUCCUCUUCUCCCAUGAUGUGACCUGAGAACUGGGAAAAUGGUCGGCAUAGCAGUUGGCUAUUUACAUCAGUUAAGAAUUCCCCUCUGCAGGGAGAGUUUUCACUUGGCGUCUGUGGCCAGAUUCUGGCUCCUUUGUGCUAUUCAGACAGUUUAAAGGAGCUGGAUCCCAAAUGAGAAUCUGGCCUUCUAUUUUUCUCCUGCAGCUGGAAAAUGAUGCUAUGACUAGAAUGACACCAUUGUGCCUCUGGAAAGUUUUUCUCUCUGAGAACUCUGUAGGAAGCAGUUACUAUAUGAUGAAAACAAAACCCAGCACUGAAGAUAGAACAGAACUUGGCUGUCCACAUAGUCAAUAAUCAAGGUGUGCCAAUGAACUUCAGAAACAACAUGUUACAUCCUGGGGGAAUAUUGAUUAUGUAGGUAAACAAAGCAUAUAUUCUCUGCAAUGGCUCUCUCUCAGCCUGGGAUAUCGGAACCUGUCUCAUUGAGAGAGGGAAUGUUGGGUUAGGACCCUAGCAGGGAUUAUUCCUUAUUCUUUUCAAAGUGCCACAGGAUCCUUGAUUCUGGACAUUUAUCAGAAGCAAGCAGACUGGGCAUCAGUUUAAUAUUAUACAUGUGUGUAGAACCUAUGAGGGUUUGGUGUCCAUCCUAGCACUGCAUUGCAGUCUAUGCAUUGGGCAGUGCCCAAGUUCUAGUGUGGGGCUGGAAACCCACUUAAAUUAAAUUUAAAUAUUUUAAUUUAUUAAAAUAUCUUUACAGCAGCUAUUUUUUUCCAUGGAGCUAUUGUUUUAGAAGUGUAAAGAAUUUAGGGAUGAUCAACCAUUGAGGUUGCUGGACUGGUAGAAUAUUAUUAGUUAAUCUGCUUGUAUAGGGGUUCUUGCUGUAGAAUGUAGCAGCUCCUGGAUUGUUCCAUUCUGAGUGCUGCACUGUCCCAUUUUAAAGUGCAACUGAGGGGCAGAAAAUAUUUUUAAUGUUAAUAAAAUAAACCAUUUUGUUAUUUAACAACAUUAGUUAUUUUUGUUAUUGCAUAUUUCAAUGUUCUAUAAAUAUAUCUCUCUAUAUACAUUAUGUGAUAAAAUAUGACAAGGUUCUGGGUAACUAUAGAAUCCCUUAGGCAUUGUUGACCACGUAGGAAGAAGAAGGCCAUGGCAAGCAGUAGAUUUCAAGGAAAUUACAGCUCUUGGUUAUAAAAUGGAAGUUCAAUAUAAAAUAACCCCUCAGCCCUCUGUAUGUAGUGGGUGUUGUAUGUGUCGGUAUAGCAUCAGCAAUAGUCAGUGAAAAUGUCUCAGUAAUUGUACAGCUCACUCUGAACAGAUUUGUGAUAGCCAGGCUGAGCUCUGGGGGCCAUCUCACAGUCUGAGAUCUGUCUGUCUAGAUUCUUAUGCUGAUACCCCUCACCUUUGUAUCUCCCAAUUGUGAAAACAACAACAAUGGAAUCAUUCAAUAUCAAUUCACAGUUCUGUAGCCUGGGUUUUGAACUGUUCAUGGGCAGUUCUGUAAUGCACAAGGAAGGGCCAUUAGAGCACCAGAUACAUAAAGAAAAUAGAACAAAAUAAAUGUUUUGUUGCCAUUGAUCUUAACAAUUGUAUAUGUGUAGCUGGUGCUAAUUUGGAUGAACAAGUGAGCACACAGUUUGGUGGUGGUAUGUUGCAUUUAGUCCUGAUAUGUUUGUUUGAACUUUUUAAUCCUCCCUUUUGCUCACUUCUCUCUUUAACUUUGCUGUUUCAUUGUUACAGUGACAUGAAUUGUAAUAAAUAGCAUCAACAUACCAGGUCUCACAUAGACGUGGCUUGCCAGCUGCUAUUUUCUAUCCAGCUAUCCCAGAAGCUGCGCUUGGGUGCACCUAGGUGUUGAUAGUUCCAAUGCAUCAAAUUCAUAGUGAGAAGAACUGGCAAAAAGUAUAAAAUGGGCAGGUAAAUUGGUAGCCUUAAGCUCCCUGGGGCUUUCACAUAUGUAAUGACACUCGAUGAGUAUAUAGGCAUGCUGGAUAUUUGGAUGCCUUGAAGACACUUUGAGAAAUUCUGUCCAGCAGUCCUGUCCAUGCCUCUUGGGCACUGCACUGAUAAAAUGGUUCCUUGUGCUGAUUCCUUUGAAGUUCAUAAUUUUCUCUUUCCCCAUUUUUGUCUCUGGUUUUGGUCAGAAUAAAGGGACAUGGCCAAGUACUUUGUAAAUUUGAUGUUUAAGGUUUUACUUUCCAUUGUUUGUAACAGCUCCCUUAGCACUUUGAGAAUAGCAUUUCUUCCUGCAUUGUUUGACCUUUCCUAUUUGUCAAAUGGUACAUUUCCCUCCUUUUUCUCUGGGAACACAAACCAACCUGGCAAUAGGUUGUUAAUUUCCUUGUUUGCCAAAAGCAUCAUCCAGGAGUGUCUUUAGUACUGCAGCAUUUCUGGGAACAGUUUGUUAGUAAAUUCAUGCCUUGCUGGCUGCCUCUGAACAGAACAAACAAUAGUACUGGAUUCAAACUGGUGGGUGUCUUCUCCUUUUGAUUUCUUAGUAACAGAAUAGGCAAUUGCUUUUUAAACACACAUUUAAAAUUUGGAGGAGCUCCCCAACACACUAAAGUGGAUUUUAAAGUAGGUCCAAUAAUGUGCCAAAAAUUAUUUAACUGUGGCACAUCUAAGUCUAGACUUUUAAAUGUUAGGAAAAGAUUCUCAGGAUUCUGUGCUGCAUCUCCACCAGGCAGUGCAAAUGGAAGGCUCUGCUGAGUAGGUAGAAGGGUCUUUAAGGUAGCUUUAAGCUGCCCUGCCAUGGCUCCCAGAGUAAUUUAGAGCAAUGAUUGGCUAUUAUAAGUUACAGUACCCUUUCUCUGGUCUGUCUAUGGGCUGCUUUGUAGCCUGCAGUUGCUGAGAAUUUCUGUAGCUGCAUGAGCUAGAGGGACUCCCCUCCUGCCUCUUGCAUGCCUCCUACAUUAGGGUUUGUGAUGGGGUCUGCAGAGUGAAGCCUAUGGCUGUCCUAUACAGUGCAUGUGUCAGAGGAAUUUUCACUCUGCUGGCUAAGGGCUGCCAUAGUGGCAGGAAAAAAUCCCUCCCUUAGGCCUGAUCCUGCCCAAGGAAAGUAAUUGCAUUUGACUUCAAUGUGCACAGGAUCAAGCCUCUGAUGAUUAGGCAGACUAAGUGCUGAAUAAUCUCACUUCAUAAAGCAAUCAGGUUGCAUCUUAUAGCCAACCUUUUCUAUAAACUGAUAUAUUCCAGCCCUCGGUGAUGUCUUUCAUUACUUGCAUGGUAAAAAGAGAAGAGUCUUUCCCACAGAGGCACAUAUAUCCAGUUAGCAAGAGGGAGGCAAGGAGCCAAAAUACUCCUCUUCUAUAAGUGCUUUAAUAAUGCCCAUCCAGAUGCAGCAUCUGGAGUCUUUUGAGAUGUAAAGGAAGGAAUCCUUUUUAACAAAAGUGUUCUUUGUUUUAACAUGCACACCACAAUAGUUCAGUGAAAGAUUUGAUUUUUAGCCCACUGAAAUGUAUCCAAUUAUGGUUGGACAUCCCACCAUCCCAGAGAAGUGUGAAGACCUGAAGGCUAGAUA